AUGCUGCUGGUCGGCCGAAUUCUGGGCGGCAUCUCCACCUCGCUGCUGUUCAGUGUGUUCGACUCCUGGCUCGUGUCGGAGUCGCAGCGGCAUGGGUUCAGCGGCGAGCAGCUCGGCAGCACGUUCUCUCUGGCGUACUUUGGCAGCAGCGUGGCGGCGAUCGCUGCCGGGCAGCUGGGCGAGGUGGCCGCCAAUCUUCUUCCGCUCACUGAGGUCGGGGGCGGCUUUUAUUACGGAGGCUACAUGUGGGGAGCAACUGAGGUGCGUCUCUGCCUCCCCCGAGGCCGUCCUAUUUCUUCUCUCUCCCUCUCUCUCUCGCUCGCUCUCUCUCUCUCUCUCUUCCCCUUCCGUCCCUCCCUCCGGCCAGUUGGGUGGAGGAGGUGUGCCUAG